AUGGUAGAUAUUUUAAAGAAAAAUAUCAGAGCUUUAAAGCUUCUAAAUUUUGAUCGUAAUAAUUUAUCUGACAUGCUUUUGCUUAACAUCAUUUUGAAAAAGGUAGAUCGAGAAACUAGAACACAAUUUGAACAAACGAUCGCAUCAAAUGAAAUACCAGAAUUGGAUAAGUGUUUAGACCUUGAUAAACAGCUGCAAACAUUUUGGAAUAUAGAAACUGUUGAGGAGCCCUCUGUUGAGCAUAGUGUCGAAUUUGAGUUCUGCGAAACUCAAUAUAAAAAUACUCAUUAUCGAAAUCAUGAAGGGCGUUACAUAGUACAGUUGCCUUUGAAAGAGGAUCCCGCUUCGCUCGGUGAUUCUAAAGCCGUUGCCGAAAUGCGUUUAAAUCAGUUGUGGAAAAAACUCUCGGAAAAUGAGGAGUUGCAAUCACUUUAUAAAUCAUUCUUAAUGGAAUAUGCUGACUUGCAGCAUUUGCAAUUAGUUGUAGAAGGUCUUGAUAAAACCGCUUCGUAUUUUUUACCUCUUCAUGGUGUACUUCGCCCAGAUAGUAAAACCAUUAAGUUGAGGGUGGUGUUUAACGCUUCCUCCAAAACGACAUCCAGUCUUUCUUUAAAUGAUAUUUUGUACAAGGGCGGUACUAUACAGCAAGAUUUAUUUUCAAUACUUUUGCGAUUCAGGCAACAUGUAUAUGUGUUCACUACUGACAUUUCUAAAAUGUUUAGGCAAAUUUUGAUUCACCCUGAUCAUCGAAAUUUACAGUUGAUAUUAUGGAAGAAUAGCGUGAAUGACCCAGUGCAAACCUUCAAACUUAACACUGUUACAUACGGAACUUCUUGUGCACCCUACUUAGCAACCAGAACUAUUAAACAACUAGCCAUUGAUGANACUUUUAACUGUUCCUUCGAUCCCAAAUUUAACGAUAAUUACUCCGGUUGA